CGCUCAUUGGCCGAGCGGAGCGCCUGCUUGCGUCGCUCGUUUUGUGGGCGUGGCUUCGCUCCCCCGCUUGCCGCACGCGGACUGUGGGCGGGGCCUCGCUCAGGUGGAGCGGACAGUCGGAGUUGGAGGGUUAGAGCAGCAGCAUCAGGUACACAAGUAGAACCAGAACCAACAGAACCAGAACCAAGGGGGCUGACCGAACCGCGCGCGCUGCAUGGGGCUGGUACCGCAUCGCAGGGGCAGGUGGUGUAAUGUGGAGGGGCAGUUGGUAGUGGGUAGAGGGGCUGCGGGGUGAUCUGGGGGGGUCUGGAGGACGAGAGUGGGAUACUGGGAGAUACUGGGAGUUGUUGGGCUAAAGGUUCUGGAGCAGCACUGGUGAAGUAGAGACAAGAUUGUGGAUCAUAGAUUAGCUCUGGAUCUGCCCAGCUCCCCUUGUGUGCCUGCAGUGCCCAAGAUGCCGCUGGACUCAGGUUGUAUCGGAGAGCGCCCCAGUCGCCCUGCCAGCAAGAACGCCAAGGACAAGAGCAACAGCGCCGCUCUGCUGGCCUCCAGAGCGCGAGUGCGCAUGCAACAGGAGGCGAAUGGGCGGGAGUCCCGCUGCAGUUCUGAGAAAGAUUCAGGAUACUCAGACACCGGUUCUGACUCUCUCCAGAUGGAUGCAGAAGAUCAGCGGAGUGUUUCUGAGCAGAAGCAUCACAAGACCCCGGGGGUUCAGGGUGUUUCGGAUCAGGGGAAGCACCUACUUGUGUCAGCACCCUUGGAGCUCACACCCAUCUUCAUCAUCAAAAAUGUUGUUUUGAAGCAGCCGGGGCAGCCAGGUCAGGAGCAUGUUCUCCAGUCUCCUUUGGGCUGGGGGUCUGGUGGAGCUAACCUUCAGACCCCCACACACCUGCUCCUGUUGCAUCAGCCCGACGUUGGCGCUCCACCAUCGCACCUGCGCAAGUCACAGCGCCAGAGAGCGGCAGAGAGUGGAGGUGGCAAGAAGAGCAAGAGCACCUACCUGCCCAUCCUUAACUCCUACCCCCGCAUCGCCCCCCACCCCAGCAAGAAGAGCUCUGACAAGCCUCCAGCCAGCAGGGGGAGCAACGCAGAUGAGCACAGCCUGAGCAAGAGGGUGUGCACCGAGGAGAAGCGGGAGGAGGUCUCCACUUCUACGCAAGCAGCAACCCACAAGCAGCAAAAUGGGCGCCCCAAGCACCGCUCCCUCUGCCCUUCUGAUGCACUUCUGUCCACCUCCCAGCACCGGAGGAGCCCACGCCCUCCCUGCAGCCCCUCCACCCUCAGCCUGGGAUCCCCCUCCGUGUCCAGCUCGGAGACAUCUUCGCCUCCUUCAGCCUUCGAGUCCAACAAGCCACUGCAGCCACCAUCCAGCAAGGGGCUUCAACAACACACCUCAGGAUUGGCCCCUGACUCUAAUGCACCUCCAGCGAAGGGUGCCCUGCCCACUUCAGUGAAGCACCGACGCUUCCUCAACACGGUGGAGAUCCUAAGCCAGUCAGGGCUGCUGGACAUUACCCUGCGGGCGCAGGAGCUGCUGCGGCAGAGUACCGCUACUGAGCAGGACAUUGCCCAGCUGCGUGAGCAUGCUCAGCUGCUGUGCCAGGCUGCACAGGCCAGUUCCUGUGUGCUCGAAGCCUGGGCAGAGCUCCACCAGGUCAUGGCUCAGUCCGGAUGUUACCCGAGUCUCAAGGAUGUGGUGCUGGAGACCAGUGAGGACAGACAGCCAGAGGUCAACACCAGCACCAAAUUUGAUGCUCCUGCUACCUAUGUGUACGGGAUUAACAGGAGCGAGAUGAUUGAACCUCCGUCUCCUCUGCUCGCCCCCAUGGUCUCUCUGCCUGCAGUUCAGGGAUCUGGUUCCACCUCUCCAGGGUAUGGCAGGGGGCACAGGGGCAGUGUCAGCCUGCCAGAGGAGAUUCUGAUGCCUCCAGACAGCUCCACACAUGGAGGACUGUUGUGAAAUUUGUUUAGUGUGGGAUUAAAGUGAUAAAUUGGAUAAAAGUCAGAUUUGCACAACUUUUCUUCUUUAGCUUUAAGAAGUUCUCUCAGCUUUGCACAGGAGAUACAAAGCUAAUGUAGCGCACAUGUAGUGGAAAGUAUAUACAAUUGAAUGCAAAAGUUACAGUGCUGAACAGAGAAGCUAACUUGUUUUGGUUGUGCAAAUUUGACAAUUCACCAAACUAUUGCUUAAAUAUCUCAGUCUGCGCUGAAGAGAAGCUGCACUACGGGGUGGAAUGUUCAACUUGUGCACUCUCUUGAAGCAGCAAAGUUUAAUGCACAUGCCAGCAACACAGCCUGGUUAGAUCUAUCACAAUGAAAUCGCCCUGAACUGUUUCUUAUUGUUCACUUAUUACUUUCCAUGGUGAGAGAGAUGUGAUGCCCGCUCCUGACAGUCGAAUAUAAAAUAACACAACCUCAAAUGUGUCUCAAAUUGAGUACCGCCAUCUGUUCUAGCAUCCUCUGAGCACAGGUCAUGUUUUUACAGUGAAAAAACUGUAAUGUAUUGUAAGAACUAGUCUUUUUUUGCUCCUGGGCUCCUGGACACACCUGCUGUAAAUACAAAUCACACUUAAAUACAAAUCACAAUUGCCACAUGCAUUUUUGGACCGACUGAAAGUAAAGUAGCAUGUAGAUAGAAGUGGUAGAGUAAUAUUAGAAGAUUUUGCAUAAGUAUGACUAUGCGUUUAAACGUGCAAUGAAGUAUCAUGUGGAAUAAUGCCAACAGUGCUCGAAUUGAGAUGCACACAAAUCUUCUCUUCCAGCUUCAGUAACGACUGUGAAGAAGAGAAGCUCCUGCUGUUAGCCCAAUGCUAGCAAUUUUCCUGUAGUUUCCUGUAUUUGCAGAACAUUGACACUAGUGUUCUGCAAAACCCUCUGUUUUAGAGCUGGUUUUGACACCGUCACCAACCGCACUUCACCACUUGAUUAGGCUCAGACUGCCUUCAUUGAAUUUAAGCUACCACAGUUCAGUUUAAAAAAACUAUGAAAAAGACAGUUAAAUUGGCAGUCUGUAUUAUUUUGUUUCUAAACUGAAAGCAGAAGCAUUUCUGAGUGUAGAAGGGAUAAAAUAUUGUGUUUAAUGGUACCAGUGUGCUGGAUGACCAUCCCUGCUAUCCCUAAUAUAUUCAUUCUAAAAACUGGGGUGUCGGUUGCUUUUUGCUGGAGUUCUUCUGGCCACGUCACGCGCCUUUACAUACUUACAUGAUGUAUAGUUUCUAAAACAGGAUCCGGCUGGUGGAGCAAUGGAGACUUCAGAAGAGAAAACUCAGAUUCAUGCACUCUGAAAGGAGACUGCAUCACACCUGCCCAGUUUAAAAUGAAACUUCCACAUUUUUGGUGCAAUUACCCAUUCUCACCAGAGAGGGGCCCUAAAUCCCAAAACCUACGGACAUCAGCUUUAACAUUAAACAGGAAAAAUGUUGUAAACAGUGUUCAAAACAGAAUAUAGGCUGCUGGUCUUUCAUCCAAUCAAGUACCAACAGUACUCUGUCUUUUUCAGUCUGCUAAAUACAAGCCAGGUCUAUGAAGCAUUUCUUGUCUAAACAGGAACAUCUGGCUUAUCCCUUAUCCUUCCUCUCUGAAUGAUAAUAGGUUGGGCCGGUUCAGUUUCAGGCAGAAUUUUUUGUUUGAUUGGGCCAGAAUGUUCACAAGCUAAAUAUCAAGAUAAACAUAAAACCCAAUUUAAAGCUCUAACAGGAGCACAUUUUUCUCAAGCUGGGGCCCCUGACACCAUCCCUUUGGGGUCUCUUAUUAUGUACACUGUGUAUGUGGCUGGAAUGCUUUAAGCUUUAAGUCAGAGUGCAGUUCAAACAAUGAUAUAACCACCAAACUUACUGAAGUUUUAAUAAACCCAUUUUAUAUUUGGAAAACUCACACUAUACUGUGUCUCUGGGGACCAUGGGAAAUUUACCAGACAAAUGAACCUAACUUUCUGAAAUGUGACCUUGUGAUGCGAAACAAUGUUAAAAUGUAUGUGUACAUUUAUUUGUGUUGGUUUGACAUCACAAGGUCACAUUUUCAAAUAGUUAAAUAGAGUAUUAAUUACUCAUUUUAUCCUAAAAAGUACAACAAAAGGUUGAGAACGUCUACGGUGAAGAAAAUAAGUAAAUAGUAGUACUAGAGUAUAGUAAAUAUACACUAAUAAGAUUUGUGUGCUGGGCUAAUGGAGUGUUUUAAGUACUGAAUGUGAUAACACUAUGGUUGUAAUUGUGAAAUAUUUAUUUUUUUUAUUUAAUGUUACUGUCUGCUUUUUAUUUUUGCAUUAGAAAAAAAUUCACUGUUUGGGAUUCUGAUUCUGAAGUCAACAAUUUCCCUUUUCCCUUCAGCAAAUCAUCAUUUGAGUGAAUGCCGCAACCUGUUACAGGAGAAUUCCACCCAAAUAUCCGCAAUUUACACAUUGGUGAAUUUCCACUUCAUAAUUUAAUCUUAAUUUUAAGAUAGCUUGAUUGAGGGCGUGUUAAAAGCAGCAUUAAAACGGAGUGCGGAGGGGUUCAUUCAUUGUUAUUUCUUUGCCUGUGAGUAUUGUUUUAUUGCAGUAAAUCUCAUUAUUUUAGCUUUAAAUGAAUUGAUUUUGAUGUUUAUGUUUGUGCCGGUGGGCCGGGACCCCUACAGCUUCACUUGUCUCAGCAGACGAAGAAAGACUUUGGCUCUGUGCCAGAACCAGUACCAGGACCCUGGACACUUUUUGAGGAGUUUUAAGGAAAUUAUUUUGACAUGUUCUUAUUGGACCACCCUGUUUAUGUGAGAGAGACGCUGUUGGACGUUUGAGUAACUCUGAACACACGCAGGACUACAGCACUGCUUUAAUACAAUGUACACUUUUUAAUGGACAUUUUUAACUCUGUUUUAUUUCAGACGGCGUGGGUGUGUAAGAAAGUGAGUGUGGCGGUCUAAGGUUUAUAUUCUCUCUGAAAUACACACAACUGUUUUUCUGCCUCA